UAUUUAUCGGCCAUCAGUUUCAAAGAUGUUACAGGAAAACCUGCAACUUGGAUUCAGCCAUAGCAUAUCCAAAAUGGCACCAGAUAGAGGCCCUGUGGAGGAAAAUGCGCAAGCGUCAACCCUUCAAGCGCAAUAUGAAGGACUAUCCAUCAAAGAAGAAGCCGACAAGAGAGAAGUCUCCGUCUCAGACGCCGCCUCAACCACCCAAUCCGAACCUGUUCCUCCACACCUUUCCCAUGACCCUAGCACCAAUGCAAAGCGAACAGAUCCAUUUCAGUUUGGGCAGCGAUACCUCUCCGAAUCGGAUGAUGUCUUUGAGUAUAAUGCCUGGGAUCAUGUAACCCCAGAUCCAGAUCACUACGAGUACUGCGAAUCUCAGUACGCUGCGCAGCGAGCUGCACCAGUGUCCGAGUUCGAUCAGGCACGGUUCAACGAGCAUCCGGAAAAAUGGUGGGACCUCUUUUACAAACAGAAAACCAGCACGUUUUUCAAAGAUAGAAAAUGGUUAGUGCAAGAAUUCCCGGCACUGAAGGAAGUGACGGAGAAGGAUGCCGGUGAAAAGGUAAUAUUAGAGGUCGGCGCUGGUGCAGGCAACACGGCGUUCCCGAUCCUCAGGAUGAAUGAGAACCCGAAACUGAAACUACACGCCGUGGACUUUAGCAAAAAGGCCGUGGAGACCAUGAGAAGCGCCGAGGAGUACGAGGCUUCAAAUGGAAUCAUGCAGGCGGACGUCUGGGACGCUGCCGGGGAGCAUCUGCCUCCUGGUGUUGAGGAAGGGACCGUCGACAUCGUUAUCAUGAUAUUUAUCUUCUCCGCUCUUCAUCCCAGACAGUGGCAGCAAGCAGUCGUCAACGUCCGCCGUAUGCUCAAACCCGGUGGGCAAGUGCUAUUUCGAGACUACGGUAGAGGCGACCUUGCCCAAGUCCGGUUCAAGGCAGGAAGGUGGAUGCAAGAUAAUUUCUACGUCCGUGGCGACGGGACUAGAGUGUACUUCUUCGAGAAAGAAGAGCUCGAAGCGAUCUGGGGCGAUGGGUUCGACGUGUUGAACCUGGACGUGGAUCGGCGGUUAAUUGUCAAUCGACAACGACGGAUCAAAAUGUACCGAUGCUGGAUACAAGGUCGCUUUCAGAAGAAGGUUGAAGAGGCUUGAGAGGGUGUGGUUGUCAGGUUGCUGGCAAGACAAGGCUCCUAGAAUUCAACAGUGAACGAAUCGGAAAACGGGGCACAAGCAGCGUCAGCUCUGAAUGCUGUCCCCUUCAUGUUCCACAGCUCCUUGAAGUUGGACGAGAUAUCAUCUGCCACAGACCCAUGCAUUGUUGUGUAGGAUUGAGAGUGCUGGUUGUAACACCAAAGUUCUGUAACACGGAUGCUAUCCUGGCGGUAGAUGUCCUAAACAUCGACGGAUCUUCUGGUAAAGGCACAUGCGAGCAGCAUUCAACGUUGUUGAUGUCCUAACACUACCACUGGCAUGUUACAAUUGUACGGUGGCAAAUCCAGCGACCAGUUAGACAGCCAAUGGAAUCCGAUGCGUGUUGCAUGUGAAAAGAUGAUGGACGACCAAAGUCUGCCCAUCAGAUAUCACCAGCCGGAGAACGUUGUACUACUGCAGAGCCAGUGGUUGUGCUGCAGUGUCAGUGGUUGUACCGUACCUAGGUAUCUGCGUUCAUGGUUGGCGUGUAAGUUGUAAAGGGUGCUAUAGACGCCGAAUAAUC